UAAGAAGAUCAUUUUGAUGAGCACUAGAACUCGUUUUCGGUCCUCCCACCAUCCGGACGAUCUUUCGCAUAGUGCCGCUCUCGAUUACGGAUAGUCUCCAUUCGACCAAGUACUCGACCGCGCUGAUCCGUUAAUCCGGCAGAUAACGUUUAGACUUUUUAUAACAACGAAAUUGUCAAUUUCUGUCAAUAGAAUUAAUUCUAUCGUCCGAACAUGAUUCAAAGUUUCGCGAUUGUGGACAUGAACGUUAUUAUAAAAUGUGGAUCGUCGGCUUAACGCAGAUAUGUGCGACGAGCAGUAUGCAACGAGACAAUGAGACAGAGUUUCCCGGGCACCUAGCAGCGAGAUCACGCAACCGCGAUGGCGACGCAGCGCCUAGAUCGUCGGGAAGACUUCUGAUGGAUCGGAGAUAUCGGGUGCCGCGGUGAUAACAUCGCCCUCGUGAGAGCUGUCGUCAUAAUCGAUACGACGACAAUCGAAUCGCCGCCUAAGAAGCCGCUGUAAAAGGUAGCCGCUCUUCGCGGGGAAGAGUUAGUGCGCUUGUGGCGAGCGAGCCAGGAAGCUCACCACCGGUCGGCCAGUUUAGCUUCACCACCGGGGAACCAUGUCGAGGAUGCGCGUCCGCGGCACGUUCGCCAUUUCAACGGGGGACCGCUUGAUUAUCUGACGCGGGGAAACCGUCAUCCCUCUCGUCUGGUUCACGUCAGAUCCGCCAGACCUCCAGCAUAUCUCGCCGAUAGUGUCCGAGAAUGUCCAAGAAGCAAUGGUUCGCCCUGCUGUUGUUGUUCCUCACGUACUUGACGCUAGGCGCUACCAUCUUCUACUUCAUCGAGAGUCCCUACGAGAACGAGAAGAUCGCGAAGGAAAGGGUAGAACGCCGUAUGAUCAACCAGUUACUCCACGACCACUAUACACCCAGCGAUAUACACAACGAGACUGAGAUUCUGCAGAAGAUCACCGACUACUGCGGCAAGUCCGUUUACAAUUUCAGCGAGGGCGAAGUCGACCGCUUACAAUGGGACUACUACAACAGCUUUUAUUUUGCUUACACGGUCGUCAGCACUAUCGGAUACGGCAAUUUGGCACCCACAAACACCCUCAGCCGCAUCUUGAUGAUCUUCUACGGCCUCAUAGGCAUCCCGAUGAACGGGAUUUUGCUGACGCAGCUGGGUGAAUUUUUCAGUCGCGUGUUCAUCAGGGCCUAUCAGAAGUACAAGUCCUACAAGCAACGUCAGUCGUCCACCGAUUAUCCCUACGAGAAGAAGUCGAUACCGCCCGAGACGCGUAAGACAAUGAGACUGGCCGCCCAGAUCUUUCUGUACCUGACGCCCGGCUUCAUCGUGUUCAUCUUCUUCCCGGCAAUCCUGUUCUCGCAUUACGAGAGAUGGACCUACGAUCAAGCGGUCUACUACGCCUUCGUCACUCUCACGACCAUCGGUUUCGGCGAUCUCGUGGCGGGCCAGGACAAUACGAAGGGGAGCGGCCCAUUCUUCAUCAUGUACAAGAUAUUCCUGAUUUGCUGGAUCUCCUUCGGGCUGGGCUACAUCGUCAUGAUAAUGACAUUCAUCGCUCGCGGCAUGCGCAGCAAGAAGUUUACGAGACUCGAGCACAAACUGGCGAUGAAUCUCAAGCUUACGCAGAGCAAGAUUUGGAACGAGUUUAACAAAGAGGUCAACUACCUGCGCCGCGUUUUCAACGAGUUGCAGCUCUCUAAGGUCAAAAGAGUAUACGUAGAUGAGUACGAAUCCGAGGAACCUCCGGCGAAAUUCCCGCGCAGCAACAGUUUUCCGAAUCUCCGAGAUUUAACAAUUGGUGGAUACGACAGCUUUAUACCGCAUCCGCGACGACGAGCUAACAGCGAAGUGGUACCAAUGGAUGAACUGACACGUGUGGUGUCCGAGACGGAUCUUCAAAGGAUAGACAAGAACGCGACGUUCGCCGCGCACGCAAUAGUGCAACCAGCGGAACUCUUGGCGCGCUUGGUGAACAUCCUCGGUUACAUACCUCCACGGGACGACUUUGAGUGGGACCAGACCGAGGAACCGAUCGACGCGCAGAACGAGACGCAGCAGAAUAAAUCGGCUGAUCAAGGCGCAGCCAACAAUCUCCCUCAAUGGACAAUCGGUGGUGAAAAGUUUCCUCAAGCCUUCAAGCCUCGUUCCAGAGCGACCAGCGAGAUACGACUGAAUACCACGAAGGACGAUACCGCUCGACAUAACACCGAAUGGACCUGGUCCGGAGUCGCCUCGACGAAGCUGCAGGAGAUGAUGAAGGAUCGCGACACUACCGUGUCCUCGAAGGACAGUACCAACAAGCCGUACAAGAAGUUCGCGUCGCUCGCUUUGCCGAUUACCGCGUCCAAGAACCUCUUCCCCAGAUGGAGUAAGCAAUUCACAAAUAAGAGGUCGUCGGACGUUGGUCCCAAUACGAGGAGCACGAAGAAAACCGUUGAAAUAGUGAACGACAGCGAGAAGAGCAAUUCGCAGCAGAAUAAUUCGAUCGGUCCCUCGUACUUGGACGAGAGACACGAUUCGAUCUUGAGGAGGCCGCAUUACUACACGCACACCGGUGGCGACCUGCCGGGUUAUCUGGAGGGCAACAAUCUGCUGGAAGAGACGAGUCUGGCGGAUUUCCUUAGAGCAUUGACCGCUCUUCACGCACGAGUGGGAACGGUUCCCGACGAGUACGUUGCCCAAGAGAAACCCAAGAGAAAACUCGGGACGGCCAGCUUGAGCCCGCCGAAGUUACCCAGUCUUUUCACCCUCUUCUCGAACGCGCCCGGUUCCGUUUCGGCGAAUCAGAGCAAUCAGAACACUGUCACGGGAGCGCAGUCGAGCAGGAGAAUGUCCCUCAAAUUAGCCGAUUCCGGCUCCAGCACGCCUACGUUUUAUAUCAGGAAGGGAAGCGUUCCCGCGAAGCCUAGGAGAUUCUCUUUGAGGCCGGUAGCGACCCCAGUUAGUCCUCCGACGCCGCCUGAUUAUGGGUCACCGCGAUCGCUACGACUCUCUCAAAGGAUGGACAAUCGAAAUCUUCAAGAACCCUUCAUUUCCGUGUCGCCGAGGGAACCGCUCGUGAGCAUGGAGGGGCCGCCGGGAAUUUCAUCGCCGAUCCAACAGCCGUCCGGCAAUCGACGUUUCUCCAUAAGGCCCGCUCAGCUCGGCACGCAACCGAGUCCGACGAGCACCAAGUCCACGCCAUCGCCGUUGCACACGCCUAAACCGUUGCCGAAGUGGAAAGGGGGCAUGCUUCAGCGGCAGAUCACUCAGAUGAACCUACGUCGCCGCUCCAGGGCGUUCAGCCUCAGCGACGUUUACUCCGACAAACGCGAGAAGACCACCCCUCCUCUCAGCCCCCUCGCUAUGGACAGCACCAAGACUAUCGACGUUAGCAAACCGAGCAGCUCGAGUCAGAAAACGGUAACCAUCUUGUCGCCGGCGGAGGAGGUAAUGACCGCGAAAAAUGAACUUCAGCAAUCCGCGGUAGUUGCCUCAGGUUCGAGAGAUACGCAAAUUGCACCGUGGAGGGAUCAGGAAGGUGUAAUCUCGUCGAUUAAUCCCUUCGUUUUCGGGAUUCCCAGUGAGCCGCCCGCGGCGUUGAACGAAUCCAUGAUUUUAAGCAUGCAGAGAGACGGAACAUAUCCCCAAGAGGAUUCUAUACCAGUUUAUCAACCGGUUUACAAGUCGUCCUCCGUGUUCGAGCAAAAAUUGAUGAAGCUGAACGACGAACUGGGUAGGACGCUCCAGAAGGGGAUGCAAGAGACGAAUGUGGAUGUCAAGGAAGAUUCGCGUGAAAUGGAGAAGAAACAGGAUGGCACAUACAUGUGUGUAAUUGAUAAUUUAGGCGCGUCGACGAGUAGCGGAAGUAUCUCAGAAUCGAGAAAGGGGAAGCCCAGUGUGUUGAUCGACUCGUACAAGCCACCGCUGCAAGCGACUAUAGAGAAGCCGACGAUCAAUCCGUUCGAGCAGUACAGAGCUAUGACGAGGGCUGCUCGAAAGGAAGAAGAUGCAGACUUGAAGGAAAUUAAAAUCGAGAAACCUGGUGAAAAAUAAAAAAAAAGAGAAACAAAUUUAUGUGGAAGAUUCAACAAUUAAGGAAACAUAUAUAGUUUUAAUUUUAUUUAAAAAAAAUUUGGAGUCAAAUUUUGUUUAAAAAUCGAAAAUAUCGAGAUCCUAAUAAUUUUUAAAUUAGUUUUACAGAGUACGUUUACAGACGUAAUUGAUAUUUUUGUUAGGAAAAGAUUGACUCUACAUUUUGCGAAAAAUAAUCCAUUUUUCUGAAUCACAGGAAAUGAUGAAAACUAUGGGAAUCGUACUCGUUAGAGAUUUGCAAUUUUACUGCGUGUAUUACGUGUGCAAGAAAUGAUAUCCUAUUUUAUCCUAUGUAUGCUAGUGUAUCGGAUUCUUUUUACUAUAGUAAGUAACAAAAUCUUGUUUUGUUUCAAAGCGAUACGUAAUUUAUUAAGAAAAGAUGUAGAUAGAAAAAAUAUAAUUUUAUACAGAUGCAUACUUCGAUAUGCAAAUUACGGAAUAGAUGUAACUCAGCAAUAAGGUGAUCAGCUUUGUGGAGAAAGUUGUCUUCAUCGAUGUAUGUACAUAAGUAUCUAAUUUUUCACACUAGUCGGAUUUGUAGCAUUUUUCAAGAGAAAUGUAUAUUUUAUGAGAUAUUAGAUAACGCUCUAAUAUAAUGAUAAUUAUUAGAUACGUAAGUAAUUUAAAAUAUGCAUAUAUUUUAAUUGAAACUCGAUAAGAAAAGACUGUGAUAUAAGGAAUAAGACAUAUGUAUCCUCAAUUUAACAAAUCAAUAGAAAUAAAUUACUUAGAAAAAUA